UGCUUUAAGUCCAGAGACGUAUUUAUCAGGAUAACUAUUAAGGUCAAGAUCGCGGUGGGAUUGAUACUCCCAAUGCCACCAGAAAAAGGGACUGUAAAAGGUUAGAAGGCUGGUAAUCCACUCAGACGGUUGUUUCAUCUCCCAAACCAAUUUUCGUCCCCGAAUUCAACCCAAAUCCAAUCUGCUCCAGGACAAUGGUCAUCAAUCGACUGCAAUAAUUCUGGAAUUGGCUGAAUAAAAGACUACUACUUGAGGGCCCAACUUUAAAGAUCAACCUAGGUCUCAAAAUCUCAAGUCUGUCCUUGAAUUUACCUCACAGCACCACUAGUCAAACCAUCUCUCUCUCUCUUCCCCCAAGAAUUCUGGCAGUGGAUGGCGGUGAUGUUGCAAGCAAAAGACGCGCUGGAAUGGACUUAUAAAGGAGAAGGUGGAGUCAAUCUGGUUCUUGCUUAUUGUGGAAAAUCUCCUGAUUUUGUCGGAAAAGUUCUACGAAUACAAAAAGUUCCAAGGAAUGGAUCUGCAUACAAUGGUCAUUCUGCUCUUACCACGCAUGAAUGCCUCCUCUGGGGGGUACUUGAAGGCCUUGAUUCAGAACCUACGCGGGAAAUUAUAGAGCAACUAUAUGUGCAGCAAGUAAUGUGCCCGUUGUUAGGUUCCAAACAUGUUGAUGCUGGGAUUCGUGUUCUUGUGUCCAGAGAAUUUUUGGAGGCGGUUGAAAACAAAGUUCUUUGUCAGCGUCCUUCUCGGAGAGUUCAUGAUGCCAAAGUCAAUCCCCUAUGUGAUUCUGUGCUUUUGAUUACCGAUCAUUCAAUUUUCCCUCAUGUCUCAGGUAUUAUCAAAAACGACUUCUGCUUGUCUGUUGAGAUAAAGCCCAAAUGUGGAUUUCUUCCAAUUUUGGAAUUUAUAGCACCGGAAAAUGCUGUGAAGACAAGUAUUAGUCGUUUUGAAAUGUACCAGGCUCUGAAAAUGAAUCAAGGGAAGAUAUCACAUAUUAGUAAAUAUGAUCCACUGGAUUUGUUUUCUGGAUCAAAGGACAGAGUACAUAAUGCAAUGAAGUCCCUCUUGAUGACCCCUCAGAACAAUUUCCGGGUUUUCUUAAAUGGUUCGCUUAUUUUUGGAGGCUUGGGUGGUGCUGCAGACUGUACAACUUGUAUGGUUGACCAAGCAUUUGAUUAUGCACUGAAGCAAGUCAUUCGUGCUGAAGAUGGGAUGCACACAAAAUAUUUCCUUGAGCUUGUUACUGAGUCAGUUUACAAGUCAGGAUUAUUAAAUCGAGUUCUUGAAGUUCAGAAGCUUGAUAUUAUUGACAUUGAAGGGGCGAUUCAUUUAUAUUAUGAUAUUGUUUCUCAGCCUUGUAUGGUCUGCAGACAAAAAGGUGAAAAGGAAAGAUAUGCAUCUCUGCAUUCAAUUCCAAGGGAGCAAAGCUUAAAAAUUGUGAGGGACUAUUUGAUAUCUGCUACCGCCAAGGACUUAAGUAUGAUGAUUAGUUUCAAAUCCAGAGAAAAUGGGGACCUGGAGUCUUCAUGUAGCACGGUCUAUCUAAAAUCAACCAAUCAAAUUUUCGAUUACAAGGUAGCUUUUAUUGACCUGGACAUGAAACCGUUGAAGAAAAUGGAGUACUACUACCAGUUAGAUCAGCAGAUAGUCAGCUGCUAUGUCAAGAUGAAGAGAGCUGCCAAAGAAGUUGACAAUAGGGAGAGCAUCAAGGAAACUUCUCAAACUAAUUAAAUGUUGUGAAGUUGCUUCCUAUAUCAAACUGUAAUAUAAUGUUGGUAAUAUAGCCCCUGUUUUCAUCCUUCAACAAAUUAAAUUAUUAGUUAUAGUAACAUUCUUUACUACA